ACCGCUACGCGCGGAUUGGUCGCACCCACUGCCACUGUGCAGCCGCCGUGCACGUUUCCGCUUCCGUCACCGCCAGAGCUCCUUAGCUGUUCACAGCGGCGAAGCAGCUUUCUCUACCUAUUAGCAUCAUGUCAGGUGGCCUCUUGAAGGCGUUGCGCAGCGACUCCUACGUGGAGCUGAGCCAGUACCGGGACCAGCACUUUCGGGGUGACAAUGAAGAACAAGAAAAAUUACUGAAGAAAAGUUGUACAUUGUAUGUCGGAAAUCUUUCCUUUUACACAACCGAAGAACAAAUUUAUGAACUCUUCAGCAAAAGUGGUGACAUAAAGAAGAUCAUUAUGGGUCUGGAUAAAAUGAAGAAAACAGCAUGUGGCUUCUGUUUUGUGGAAUACUACUCGAGAGCAGAUGCAGAAAAUGCCAUGCGUUUCAUAAAUGGAACUCGUCUGGAUGACAGGAUCAUUCGCACAGACUGGGAUGCAGGCUUUAAGGAGGGCAGGCAGUAUGGGCGCGGGCGAUCUGGAGGCCAGGUUCGCGAUGAAUACCGGCAGGACUAUGAUGCAGGAAGAGGGGGUUAUGGAAAACUUGCACAAAAGCAGUGAGUGGCAGGAGCCAUAUCAGUGCAAAAUUCCCUCCCUCCCUCCUGGUAACUGCUGAAAAAGUUACCAGAACCAUUUUCUGUUACCAGAUCAAAAAGUGUGUUCCUUGUGGCUGGGGAUGGAGUUCAGUUUCAGUUAUAGAGCAAAAAGAAAUGUGUUCCUCAGCAGCAGAUUCAGCCUAUGAUGUUACUCUGUCAGCCAAAAAUACACUUACAGGAAGACUAGAAAAAUGUAAGUUUCUUUUCUGAUGCUAGGGUCUAAGUAGGCUCAUGAUCUACACUGGAACUUGGAACAGUUCUUUUUUAAAUUUGAAGUUUGCAUGAUGUAAAGUUUUUUAGGGUAAAAUGGAGUUUUGCUAUGUUGUAUAGUUUUGCUGUAAAUUAAGAAGAGUUGUCUGAUAACUGCAUUUGUUUUCUAUGUUGAAUUCUAAUUUCUAAAGGCAAACUUUGACCUUCCUAAGUAUUUGCACAAAAGCCUGAGGUCUCAGGACUCCCUCCACCCCAGUUCUGUGCUUUAGUGCAGGACUUGAGUUCUUCUAAAUACAUUUUUCAAAAGAUGUGAUGUUUUGCCUAAAACUAAAAAAGUCUAACAUGGAGACCCCCAAAGAAUUUAUUUUGCAUUUGUAAAGCAAGAGAUGAUUUAUGUGAGUAUAAUUUUCCCUAAUUAGAAAAAAUACAAAAUGUUUUCAUCUAGCAAAAGAGCAUCUUCCAACAUCCAGUAGUACAUGAAGGUUGUGGCUGGAGUUCGCUACGGUGAACAUCUUUCAUGUUAGACCAAGUGUGGUUUUCUCAGUCAAUUCCAAACUGGUUAUUGUAAUUUUUUAAAGCACUGUUGAUAGUUGUGAAGAAGAAACCAUUUACAAACAUCUAAUGAUACACUAUUCAUUUGUAGACAUGUUUUUACACUGUACUUUGAACUAAUUUAUAUUCUUUUGUAGUAAGAUGUAACUCAGAUUUCUAAAGGCCUUAAAACCAAAGAUAUUGGUUCUUAUUUGUCUUUUGUAAUAGAUUACAAUAAAGUUGGACCAACUUA